UCCAGACAGGACCCAUUGACACCUAUCAACUCUAAUUCGGAAAACGCUGCUAUUUUAACCUAGCAUACUCAUAGUUCAGCAGGUGAUUAUCAACAACUUGCAAGUUAACUUUAGGCAUAUUCUCGGUAAGUUAGUGUACUUUUAAAAGUGUAUUUUUGACAUAAGGAAAUAAGUUGUGCUGCAGCAGAAUAAAGGAUCAUUUUCAGUAUCAGGCAGCAACUUUACCAAACUAUCUGACUUUCUUGUGUUCAGCUUUUGAGGAAGUCUCUCCAUCGUUUGACUUUAUUCACCAUGCAACAACGGUUUGCACAUAGGAUGUACCCCGAAAGGAAGGUAUUUUGGUGAAUUAGUUUGAGAACGUUUGAACGGGAAUAUUGCGUCAAUAAAGGUGAUUCUACUCCGCGUUAAUCGUGGCCACUAGUCUACCUGUCACCGAAUUCUUUCAACCAACCACUCCCAACCCGGUCCCCUCGUGCUGUCUUUCCGUGGGUCGCCUGCCUCGCCCGUUAACCGCGAUGACGUGCGGUUGGAGUCCGGGAGCUGUCACGGUUUGGAGAACUACCGUUUUCCUGCUCAACAUCGCGUGCGCAGCGUCGGCCAAGAGACACGUCGUCUACUGGAACUCCACCAACACUAGGUUGACGGGAGGGGAUCUGUCCAUCCAGGUGAAUCUGAAUGACUACCUGGAUAUCUACUGCCCCCACUACCCUCACCUGUCUCCCCCCAGUGAGGAGGCCUACCCCCAGGCCCCACUAGACAGCCUGGCCCUGUACCUGGUGGCUGAGGGGGGGUUCAAGGGCUGUGUGGAGACCCAGGGGGCCAUCAAGAGGUGGGAGUGUAACAGCCCCCGUGCCCCCUUUGGCCCUGUCCGCUUCUCAGAGAAGAUCCAGCGCUUCACCCCCUUCUCUCUGGGCUUCGAGUUCCUCCCCGGACACCACUACUACUACAGCUCAUUGCCUACAGGGGAAAGCUCCCCGCUGCCCUGCAUGAAGCUGCGAGUCAUAGUGUGCUGUGAGCCCAGUGGCCAUUCCCUGUAGUUGGGGACGAGCACUCACAAACACACACACGGGGAUCUGAAGGACAAAGCAGUGACAGAGGGUCCAUCAGGUACACUGUCAUUGUACCAAGGUCACCCAGCACUCUGUGGUGGCAUCCUCUUCUCUCCUGUGUCAUUGUUUGUGUUUAUCCACUCACAUUAACCAACACCCUCCUGUGUGCGUGUGUCACAGGCCAACUUUUUCUCUAACUGAAAUGAACUAAAACAUCCGUAAAGAGAGCACGGCAGGUAGGACACAGUUGCACGUGACACAGGAAGCUCCUAAGGUCUGUGCUGGGAUUAAUUAGUCACGUUAUCUAUGUUCCUCUCUCCCUGUUGGUGUCUAUUUAUUGAAUUCAAUUCUCUUUGGAUAUCUUGGUUCUACAGACUGCUGAAUGACAUUGUAAAUUAACAGAAAGUCUAACUUUGACUCUACAGUAAAUUUGACACUACUGAAGUGUCCCCUACCCACUCCAGUAGAGCGGUGUCACGGCAAAAAGCCCCCUUCCCCAAUUCUGCUGUGCUAGAACAGGGUUGCAUCAGACGCAACCUUCAAAAUCCGCAUCACCAGAGUGGUGUCACGCUGAAACAGCUCCCCCUGCUGCUCCGCCUUUCUUUCCUCCUUUCCCCCUCAAUCUUCCGCUAUCUUCCUCUACUUACCUUUCAAUGAAGACAACUUCUCCAAACACGAAGUCUGCUGUUGUUCCCCACCCUCCUCUCUCAUUCUCUUUCCUUCUCUCUCUUUCCCACUGUGUGAACCCAUUAUAGACCUUCUACUCUCUCUAAUUGAUUUUCCCUUUCUCCUACUCUCCUCUUUUUCUCCCUCCCUCUCUCCCCUGCUGUGACCAGUCCAUCUCGGUCAUUUCAGGUUGCCGUCUCCUCUCUGGUCUUUCACCUUUUUUUCAACUUUUUUUUUCUUUUUCUAUUUUGAAUACCUUUGUGCCCCCAGCCCACCCUUCCGAACACACACUCGCUCACACACACACACCGCUCGUCUACCUCUCUCUCCGACUUCUAGCACAACACUGAAGGACGAACUUUGACCAACUUCCUACCGUGAUUCUAUUUUUCAGCGAGCAGGUUUGGAAUGUUUUCCGCCCAGGAAGAUGGCUCCCUACCUCUAGUCACUGUGUUUAUAAAAUGGCGGCGCGGGGAAGGAGAGGUGGAGUCACGGAAUGGUGUCUCUCUGCAGUUCUCUGUCUGGAGACACACAUGCAUGCUCACAUCCACUCACACUCACACAGUGGGUCUCUCUCUGCAGUGCAGUGCUUUCCUGAGACGCAUGCGACCAUGACAGCCAUUUUGGGGUAGAGUUACGGUAACCAAUACAGAACAGUUAUCUACAGCACGCAUGUAGUCAUUCACGCAUGUAGUCAUUCACACAAAUUUACCUAAUCAUGAACAACAGCAAUACACAGAUAAUAACUUUGGUAUUUCCACCAUUUAGAUGCAGUUUGAGUAGUUAAAAAGCUUUUUAUUUCUCAUUUUAACAUUCUGCCAUAAAGAACGUAUGUUCAACUUAAUAUCUCAAGAGGCCAAAUAAAGUAUCCAGGUUGACCACUUCAUCUUAAAUCAGACAUAAAUCCCCUUGUGACAUGGAGAAUGUAAGCUUGUUCUGUACCACAGGGAAGGGCAAAUGAAUGCAAGCUUGUUCUGUACCACAGGGAAGGGCAAAUGAAUGUAAGCUUGUUCUGUACCACAGGGAAGGGCAAAUGAAUGCAAGCUUGUUCUGUACCACAGGGAAGGGCAAAUGAAUGCAAGCUUGUUCUGUACCACAGGGAAGGGCAAAUGAAUGCAAGCUUGUUCUGUACCACAGGGAAGGGCAAAUGAAUGCAAGCUUGUUCUGUACCACAGGGAAGGGCAAAUGAAUGCAAGCUUGUUCUGUACCACAGGGAAGGGCAAAUGAAUGUAAGCUUCACAAAAUAAUGGAAUUGUGAAAACGUGUCUUGCCUGUAUGUCUCUGGGUAACAGGGUUGAUGUGUUGUGCUCCACCUGCUCAGUUUUCCACCAGAAAAUGGCCGAAGGAGGAGAACCAGCUCACCUGCUUUUACACCAGGAUUUUACUAUUAAUGUUCAAUAUCUCUAUUUAAAAAGGAAUAGUUUCACCAGCAUUUUAUUAUAAUAUUAAAAAGCGUUCAGUUCACGUAACAGGAUUGACCUUAAAAUGAGGGACAGGUUUAUUUUUUUACCUUAAAAUGAAUCACUUAAAUAUUCAUCUUAAGAAAUUACUUUGUUAAAGCAACAAAAUAACUAGGGCCUUACAAUGAUGGUGAAAAUGGAGAUAUGUUGGGAUUAAGUGGGUUAAAAUCUUCCUAGAAUUCAGAGGAUGCACAGAGGGACACGUCAAAAUGCUGAAUGUUGGUACUUUAGUCUUUGUUAAAGGUGAUCGCUCCUCUAUUUCCUGGUUGCUAAAAUUCUAAUUCAAUAUCUUUUCCAUAACCAAAAAUAUUGUGUUUUCAGCUGUUUGAAGCAGCAAAACAGAAAGUUAAAGAUUCAAAGAAGUAACAUAAGAACCUAGAACAGAUCUACCGCUUCAGAGACUUGCUUUCAAUGAGAGUGACAGAUCUGUAACUCGCAUUUCUAUGUGACUUUGGUUGGGUCACCCAAAAAGUGCCAUAUUGCAGCUUUAAUAUAAAGAUCUGAUUUAUUGAAUUUUCUAUGUGGACUAUAUUAAUGGACACUUCAGUUAAUAUAUCCGGCUUUUAAUAUUCAAUAUUUGUGCACAAUUUCUGCUUGAAAUAUCAAAGGGAUGAAAAGGCACUCAUCUCGUAGAACGAUCUAUUCAUUAUCAGUGAACAAAAAAUUAUAUUACGUUUUUCAAUUAUUUUACGUAUAUAUAUAUUUUUUUUUUUUAGCAUUGACGAUUCAACAUUUAAUUGUUUAUGCAGACUGAGUGUUCUUCUUGAAACGGCAGUAUAGUUUGGUAAAGUAUUACGUUUAAUAAACCGUUAUAAUCACGCAGAGUCAUUUUAAAGUCAGCUAUUGAUGUAGGCAUUAGGUCAAUGCGUACAUUUCAAAAUCACUUAAUGCUCUUUAAUUUAUUAAUUUAGUCUUUGAGUAUGCAUUUGUUUGUUGCCUUUGAUGUAAAUAGUUUGGUAUGUUCUGUUGAUUGUAUUUGGAGAAUUACCUGAUAAAACCUCUGCUUUAUUUGAGCUGUUUUUAUCCACUCAAUGUGGACAUGAAAGAUUGGAUUAAUAGAACCCUGCAACUUUUAGUUUAUUGUUUUAUAAUUAUUAACUAAUGUUACAAAACAGAAUAAGGAACAGAAGUGAUGUGUUCUGUAACUUUCAUAGUUUUGAUGCUUUGGACACAAAAUGCCUUUUUCACAUUUUCUUCUGCUUAACCACACACACACACACACACACACACACACAGUGAGAGGCCCGAUCACAGCAUGUAAUUUAAUGCUUCGUUAACUCUUCCAUAGUUAUUUCUUCAGAAUAUGAGAGGUUUGUUUAGCCCCUCCCUCAUCAACAUGGAAGCCUCUUUGACUUGUAGUACAACCCUGACUAUAGACAUAACAGAAUAUAACACCUAUAGAUACCUUAGUCAAGCCCUAAUAACACACACAGAAAAUGAUCUCCAAGCUAAGCUUUUGAUCAGUGAGCCAUCUUGUGAAAAACACGUCUUAGACAUCAGGGUUCUGCUGAUGUACACAAUUCAUUGUAGGAAAACAGUCAACUGGAUAACAGUUUCAUUACAACGAUCUCCUGCACAUGUUCUGCUCAUUUUCUUCCUAGACCUUUCCCUUGUUCUCUCCCUUCACUACAGCCUUUUCUUCUUUUUGCUCUUUCUGGUAUUGUCUCUCCCACCUCUCUCUCACCCUUUUGCCCCUCUCCACCUUGCUUUGCCCUCCAGCACCCAUCCCACCCCUCUCUAACUCCCUCCAUUAUUCCCUUUUAGUCAGCCCCCCUGCUGAGGGAGUGACACCCAGACACAAACACCCCUCCCUCCUCCACCUCUCUUUCUCUCCCUCUCUCUCUCCCUCUCUCCGCCUGACCUUCUUACAAUCUUUCCUUCCCUCCCUUGCUUUUCUCCGUCUGUUUUUCUCCCAGAUCUUUUCCACCCUUUCAUUUCCUCUCCUAUGUCCUCUUCUGUUUCUCUCUGUCAUUCUGAAUUUUGCUGCCUUCUUUCUUUUUCUCUUUUCCCUUUCUCUCUCUUCUCUCUUAUUCCUCAUCUCUCUCUCUCUUAUUCCUCACCUCUCUCUCUCUUAUUCCUCACCUCUCUCUCUCACACUUAUUCUUAUUCUUCAUCAAUUUAAUUUGACUCCUUGGCUCAACAUUAUCUUCCUCCUGACUCACUUUCUUCGCUUGUUUUUCAUUCAACCUUUAAGAAAAUUUGCAUUGGGGACAUAUUUUAGGGUUGCGCAGUCAGUAGUCAUUUUUCAUGGCAUUUGGCUGUGAGUAAUGGUAAAUACCCUCCCCUAGUCAUUUUUCUGUUUGUUUUUUUGUUUCGUGCAAGUAAGGCUGUAGUUUUUGGGAAACUUGAAAAUUACUUGAAUAAUGAACUUUAUUUUUAUGUCCUGCUCUCUCCCUCUCUUCCC